AGACAAAAACGGUGACAGUCGGCACUGGAAAUGCCGAAAGAAGCGCCUUUUUUCUCAUCGAUCGCGCUCAGAAGCGAUACGGGGUCGGAAUGUCGCAGUUAAAAAGCCGUUGCAAACGCACCGACAAGGAAGUCACAUCACUUGCUCGCUUUGCGUUAUCGGCGGUGGGAAACAAACAAGUGUCUCUCCGCCCCACAGAAACUGUCCCUUUUUUUUUUUUUUUUAAAGGAUUGACACUUCGUGUGAAAACCAAUCGCUACCGAAGAAGAUAGUAUCGUUGCUGAUAGCCGUCAAAUACCAUUAGUUUUUAAAAGCACAUUUUGUAAGAAGGUGGGGGACUGACGCAUCAAACCUAAAACUACUCAAUUGCCCAUCCGCUCAUCGUCAGUUGUAAGCAAUCACGCUUCUAACGAGUUCAACCGCAAACUGGGAUAGAACUUAACAAUCGAAAGGUCGAGGAAGGAAAGCGAACGUGUCAAGUGAUGUCUUCGGAUCAAGCUCGAUGUAGUGAUCUGUCGGCCCGAGCUAAGGCGUUCUCCGUUUCAAGCCUCAUUGGUACUCCGCUCGGCUCUUGCGACGAACCAAUGGACGCAGAUGCGGCCAAACAUCAGCCGUCGGUUUGCCUUCUGGAUGGCAAUAAUGAUGACGAGAAAUUCAUGUCUAAUCAGAAUAUUGUAGGGGAAUUAUUGUGUCGUGAACUCUGGUUAGAGUUUCACACCCUUGGAACUGAAAUGAUCAUCACGAAAGCUGGAAGGAGAAUGUUCCCAUCGCUGAAGGUCCGCCUUAGUGGUUUGGAUGACGACGUCGUCUACAUUGUCUACGUCGAAAUGGAUUUGGUUGAUGACAAAAGAUAUAGAUAUAUCUAUCAGAGUUCUAAAUGGGUUCCUGGAGGUCCUGGGGAUGUCCCACAUCAGGAACGUUGCUUUCUGCAUCCGGAUGGUCCUCAGCUAGGUAAAUUCUGGAACAAACAGAGUUGUGUAGCGUUCGAUAAACUCAAAUUGACCAACAACCGCAAGCCUUCCCAACGUGACCAAAUACCCCUGCAUUCAAUGCAUCGUUACCAGCCGAAAUUAUACGUUCAACCGAUCCCCAAUGAUUGCAGAGAAGCCUUCAACACUUGUAACGACUGGUGGAGGACUUUCUGCCGAAGACGAAGCUCAGCCACAUCGCUCACCUUUCCUGAAACUCAGUUCAUCACCGUUACUGCCUACCAAAAUCAACAGAUCACUAGACUGAAAAUUGCUAGCAAUCCCUUCGCCAAAGGUUUUCGCGAAUCGAGCCGUGAACCAAGGAACUCUGAUGCAAAAGAGGACGACGAAACACAAAGUGAUAAUAAGAAAAUACGCAUUUCAUCGAGCAGCAAAGACAACACCACGAGCAAUUUUUCUCUAACAAAUAUGAAUUCAUGGCAUCCGUUUGAUCAUCGCGCCGUUCACCAGCCGAUACACCAUUGGUGGAUUCAACAGUACUCCAUUUUACAUCCUUUCAUACCCAUAGUUCCAUCACUGCCUCAUGGACAAACGGAAGAGGCCUUACAACAUUGUUUUUUCUCUGACUCAACAUUUAUUUAAACCGUUUCCGUUGUAUUUAUGGUGAUUCAAAUAAAAAUACGUUAGCAGGCCUUCAA